AUGUCUGGGAUCCAAGUGGAACUCCAAUCUGCACACGGUUUCGUGCCGCUGCUCGUGGUGCUCUUGUUGUUCGUGAACUUGUGGGCUGGCAUGAAGGUUGGCAAGGCUCGCAAGCUCUACGGCAUCGAAUACCCUCAGAUGUACGCGGAACAGAGUGACAAGAACGCCAAAGCCUUUAACUGCGUGCAACGUGGACACCAAAACAUCAUGGAGAACAUCCCGAUCUUCCUCGCUCUGGUCUUCACGUCAUCGAUCUACCGCCCUCAGAUCGCUGCGAUUGCUAGCUUUGUGCGCAUUCUCGGUUUUAUCGUGUACAUGAGCGGUUACUCGUCGGGAGACCCGAAGAAGAGAAUGCAGGGAGCAUUCGGCUACCUCGGUCUGCUCGCGAGUCUCAUCUUGAGUGUGGAAGCGAGCCUGCGCAUUUUUGGACUGCUGUGAGAUUGUCCACUGACAUGAAGAACCUCUCAACUAUCGAGUGAACAAGCUGGUACUUACGCUCUUGGAAGUAGGAGAGUAAAGGUGCUGCGAGCGAAUCUGAGCAGUUAUCUACUUGCAAUGGUUAAUAACUUGACGACGCCAA